GAGAUUUUCACCUCUUGCCACUCACUUAGCCAUCAUGUGCACCGCCGCGGUCUGUUUAUUUGCUGAAAGACACACCAGGAAGUGCAGCUUCAAACACGGCCUGCAGUUAUAAACCUCAUUCCUCUGAGCGGCCCACCUGCAUGCAGACACCUGGCCCAAACACAGGGAAAAUUCCAGAGCAGUGGACGCACAUCCCAUUUCCAGCUCUCCCAAACAAAGACUGUCUGGAGCGGCACAUUUCAGAAGAGAACAGCAGGCGAGAGAGCGGGAACUGUGCUUGUAAAGAGUGUUAAUGCUUCAGAAGUGCCGUCUGAAAGCCAGCGCAACAGCGGAAACCAUGUGAAGGUUUGUGGGCUUGGCAAACCACCUGGGACUCAAUCUCUGCUCUCCGUCUGCACCAGACACCUUAUAACCACUCCAUACUUCAUGAAAAACACUGUGCAAUGCUGAGUGUGCUCCACACGGAUGUGUGUGUCCUGUGUGGAGAUUUGGAAUAAAGUGAUCGAGGACAGCAGCUAACCCACGUAUGGCCUGCGAGUCGGCGUUACCUGCCAUCAUGGACGAGCAGGCCCUCAUGGGACUGAACCCCAACGCUGACGCCUGCUACAGGCAGAGGGCGCUGGCAUAUUUCGAGCAGUUAAAGGCGUCUCUGGAUGGAUGGGAGGUGUGCGCUGAAGCCCUCGCUAAAGGGGUUUACAGUGACGAUCAUGUGAAGUUCUUCUGCUUUCAAGUCUUGGAGCACCAGAUCAAAUUCAGACACGGGUCGCUUUCUGCAGCUCAACAGCAGCUGAUUCGAGAGACUCUGAUGAAGUGGUUGCAGACUCAGCUGAUGAACGUGCAUCCAGAGAAGCCCUUCAUCAGGAAUAAGGCGGCGCAGGUUUUUGCCCUGACGUUUGUGAUGGAGUAUCUGACUUUAUGGCCUAAAUUCUUCUUCGAUGUCCUGGCUCUGGUGGGUCUCAAUCCGAAUGGUGUGGACAUUUACCUGCGAACACUGAUGGCCAUUGAUGCAGAGGUGGUGGAUCGCGACAUCCUACACAGCCCCGAGGAGACCCGUAGGAACACUCUGAUUAAAGACGGCAUGCGUGAGCAGUGCAUCCCGGCGCUGGUGGAGUCCUGGUUCCAGAUCCUGCAGACGUACCAGCACACACACAGCGAGCUGACCUGCCAGUGUCUGGAGGUGGUGGGAGCCUUCGUGUCCUGGAUCGACCUCAAUCUCAUUGCCAACGACAGGUUUGUGAAUCUGUUGCUCAGUCACAUGUCCAUGGAGGAGCUGCGGGAGGCAGCGUGUGAUUGUCUGUUUGAGAUCGUCAAUAAAGGCAUGGAUCCUGUGGACAAAACCAAACUGGUGGAGUCUCUGUGUCAGGUGCUGCAGUCUGCUGGCUUCUUCAAUGUGGAGCAGGAAGAGGAUGUGGAUUUUCUGGCCAAGUUCUCUCGGCUGGUGAAUGGUAUGGGUCAGUCUCUGGUGCUGAGCUGGACCAAACUCAGCAAGACGGCGGACGAGAAGAUUUCUGCUGAAACGCUGCGUGCGGUCGAGUCCAAGGUUCCUCUGAUGUUACAGCUGCUAAUCCAUGAAGACGAUGACAUUUCAGCUAACAUCGUCUGCUUCUGUUACGACUACCUGCAUGUGCUCAAACAGCUUCCAGCACUCAACGAGCAGCAGAAGAGCAAUGUGGAGGCGAUCAUGCUGGCUGUGAUGAGCAAACUCAAGUAUGAUGACGAGUAUAACUUUGAGAAUGAGGGUGAAGAUGAGGCUAUGUUUGUGGAGUACAGGAAGCAGUUAAAGAUGCUGCUGGACCGACUGGCGCAGGUUUCUCCAGAGCUGCUGCUGGAGGCUGUGCACAGAGUCUUCAACGCCACCAUGCAGAGCUGGCAGACGCUGCAGUUCAUGGAGGUGGAGGUGUCCAUCCGGCUGCUGUAUAUGCUGGGUGAAGCUCUUCCAGCAUCUCAUGGAGCUCAUUUCUCUGGAGACUCUGCCAAAACCAGCACACUGCAGGCCAUGAUGAGAACCCUCGUCUCCUGUGGUGUCAGUGAGUAUCAGCAUUCCUCCGUCACUCUGGAGUUUUUCGAGACCGUGGUCCGCUAUGAUAAAUUCUUCCUGGUGGAGCCGCAGCACAUUCCCGCUGUCCUGAUGGCGUUUUUAGACCACCGCGGUCUGAGACACAGCAGCCCAAAGGUGCGCAGUCGAGUGGCUUACCUGUUCUCACGCUUCAUCAAAACCCUGCAUAAGCACAUGAAUGCGUUUAUCGAGGACAUUCUCAGCAGAAUACAGGACCUGCUAGAGCUCGCUCCACCGGAGAAUGGAUUCCCAGCGCUGUUGAGCAGUGAUGAUCAGCUGUUCAUGUUUGAGACAGCGGGUGUGCUGAUAGUGAACGGUGAGUCUCCAGCAGAGCGUAAGCAGGGUCUGAUGCGCGGGCUGCUGUCUCCACUGAUGGAGGCCUUCAGGAUGCUGCUGGAGAAGCUGCCGCUGGAGCCGGACGAGGAGCGGCAGACGGCGCUGGCAGACUGCCUCAGUCACGCUGUGGGCUUCGCCAGCCGCACCAGUAAGGCGUUCAGCAAUAAGCAGACAGUGAAGCAGUGCGGCUGCUCGGAGGUGUAUCUGGACUGCCUGCAGACGUUCCUGCCGGCGCUCAGCUGUCCUGUGCAGCGAGGGGCUCUGCGCAGCGCCGUCCGCUCUUUCCUGCACCGCAUGAUCAUCUGCCUGGAGGAGGAGGUGCUGCCCUUCAUCCCUGCCGCGUCCCAGCACAUGCUGAAGGACUGCGAGGCCCGAGACCUGCAGGAGUUCAUCCCGCUCAUCAGCCAGAUCACUGCUAAAUUCAAGAACCAGGUGUCCCCGUUCCUGCAGGAGAUCUUCAUGCCGCUGGUCAUGUCCAUCUUUGAGGUGUUGUCUCGUCCCGCGGAGGAGAACGAUCAGACGGCGGCGCUGGAGAAGCAGAUGCUGAGGAGGAGCUACUUCAGCUUCAUCCAGACCAUCGCCAGCAGCAGCAGCAGUCAGGUCAUGGCCAGUCAAGGAGCAGAGAACAUCGAGCGCGUGCUGUUCACCAUCAUUCAGGGCGCUGUGGAUUUUCCAGACCCUGUCGCUCAGAAGACCUGCUUCAUCAUCCUGUCCAGACUGGUGGAGCUCUGGGGUGGAAAAGACGGUUUGGUGGGAUUUCCGGAUUUCAUCUAUAAGCACAUUAUUCCCGCAUGCUUCAUGGCUCCUCUGAAAACAACCUUUGACCUUUCAGAUGCGCAGACGGUUCUGACGCUGUCCGAGUGUUCGCUGACGCUGCACAUGAUUCAUCUCAAAAGAGGACCCGAGUGUCUCCAGUUUCUGCAGGAGUAUCUGCCCUCACUGCACGUCUCUCCUGAAAUCACACAGGAACUGUGUCAAGUGCUUCAGCAGCCGGAUGUUAAAGUCCUGAAAAACUACAUGAAGGUUUUUUUUCCAGCAGGCCAAACUUUAAACCUGUAAGUGUGAAGCGGAGGCUGACAGACAGCGCCACCUACAGACCACCAUAAUGACAGAGCUUUAGCAUAGGAGCUACUUUUGCACUUAAAGAAGCUGAACCACACCCAUCCUGCCUGCGGGACACCGACCCAACAGGAGUCACGUGGGGAUUGGCUGGCACGUGACGUGACCACGCCCCCACACUGACCUUGGCCCAAUCAGAGUCGAGCUCUCCACAGCGGUUUAGCCACCCAGACUGAAAGUGAGGUCUGUGAUCGGACGAGACGGAGAGCCAAUGGGGUUUGUGAGGGUGGGGGGCGGGGCUUCUGGACAGAAUUUCAAAGGAAAUCAUUUCCACUUGAAAUGCACCGUAAUUGUUACAGAGGAUUCUGGUGGUUACUAGAACGAGUUUAAAUGAAAUGUUUAUUAUUUCUUCCUUUUGCGUGCGCGAGAAAUCAGAUUUUUUUUUUCUCAAAGUUCUGUUUAAGAAGGGCCUGAUUCAGAUUAUUUAAUUUAGUUGUUGUUAUUUUUUAAUUUGUAAAAAUGAAGCAUAGGUUUUAGUUUGAGGUGAUGAUGAGGUUAAUAAAUGGAAGUGCUCUUGAUGCAGACUCGACAUGGCAGAAAUGCUUUUUUUUAUGAUUAUUAAUUUUGAAUUGCUGCUGGACGAUCUGCAAACUGCAAAAAAAAAUCUAAUUUACUUUGUCUUGUUAUAAGUCCAAAUAUCUAAAAAUUCUUUAAGCAUUUUCUUGACAAGCAAACAAAUAUUUUGUGUUAAGAAUUGAGUAUAGUAUGUUUUCCUUAAAAUAAGCUAAAUAAUCUGGCAGUAGGAUUUAACUUUGAAAAACAAUAUUUUGCUCACCCCAUUGGCAGAUUAUAUGUUGUUUUAAGAAGAAACUCCUGCAAUUGUGACACUUUAUUAAUAAAAAGUAGGAAAUAUGUUUGUUUUUUUUGUUUUUUUGUCUAUAAAAUCCUUCUGGAUUUAAGAAUCUUUAUAUAUUUGGAUUAGAAAAGACCAAGUAAAAAAAGCAGUUUAUUUACAGUGCAGUCCCUCUUUUUAUGGCAUUCCCAUCAUAUAAAGCAAAUGCUGUACUGUAACUGGAACAAAUCAAACACUAAAUGUUGACCCAUUAGCUGUUGUUUAAUGCCUUUAAAGCCCAUCUGAAAUAUGCAAUGUGUGCAACUGUGAAAAUACUGCUGCGGUGUCCAUGUUUACACUGCUGUUUGCUAAGUAAACACAACUCACAGCUGAAGCCUGUACCAUGAAACUGAAUCAGCCAGAUUACUUUCAGUUUAGUUUGCAAUAAAAUCUUGGGGUUUAGGUAACAUGAUGUCAGCCGGACUUGUGACUCUUUGUUGCCAUGCUAGCAUGGAGCAUCAGAGCUGUUAUCUAAAACCCAAGAUUAUUGCAAUCUGAACUGAAGACUAACCAGCUGAUCCGGCUUCAGAUCUCUGCACAAACAUCUGUCAAAAUGAAACAGAAGUGUUAUUGCUGACAGAAUGAAUUUGUUGUUGUUGUGUGUGUGUUGGAUUAUUAAUUCAGCCCUGGUUCCUGAAAGCCAUCAGACGACACACACAUUGAGGAUGAUGGUAGGAAACACCAUGCUAACCCCAUAAAUGCAGCACUUGAUGACUGUAAAGGUCGUUUCAGAUGCGGUGCAGAGAUGCUCCAGUCCUGCUGCUGGUGGUCAAACCCAGAGUUUAUGCCAAAUAAGAGGAGAAAGAGAGAAAACAUGCGCCAGGUAGACUCAGUAUCUGUGUGUAAAGCUGAUUUAUUUUUGAUAUGCCGGGACGUGCCCCCUUCACUCCCUCUGUGGAUGUUUUUGUCAUGACCAAUAAAGUAUUUACUAAUCUCA